GUAGAUAAUAAAUCCAUUCCACGGCUGCCAGAGAGCAUCGUUCUACCAGAGUUUCCGCACCACCUUCGCCAAAUCGACACCUAGUCUUCCAGCAUCUGUCGUAAUCUAUUCCAAAAUGAGGCUCAUCAUCCGCGAAGAACCAGAAACGGUCGCGAAGUAUAUUGCCGAUUACAUCAUCGAGCGUAUCCUCACUUUCGAGCCCACACCCCAGAAACCCUUCGUGCUCGGCCUACCCACCGGCAGCAGCCCGAUCUUGAUAUACAAGAGCCUCGUCGCACGGCACAAGGCUGGCGACAUCUCCUUCCGCAAUGUAGUCACCUUCAACAUGGACGAAUACGUCGGCAUCCCGCGCGACCACCCAGAAUCCUACCACUCCUUCAUGUACAAGCACUUCUUCUCGCACGUCGACAUCCCCCCAGCCUCCAUCCACAUCCUCAACGGCAACGCCCCCGACCUCGAAGCCGAAUGCAUCGCCUACGAGGAAAAGAUCCGGCUGGCCGGCGGCAUCGAGCUCUUCCUCGGCGGCAUCGGGCCGGACGGCCACAUCGCCUUCAACGAGCCGGGCUCCUCGCUCGCCUCGCGCACCCGCGUCAAGACGCUCGCCUACGACACCAUCCUGGCCAACAGCCGCUUCUUCGGCCACGAUCUGGCGCUGGUGCCGCGCAUGGCGCUGACCGUCGGCGUCGGCACCGUGCUGGAGGCGCGCGAGGUCGUCAUUGCGAUUACGGGCGCGCACAAGGCGGCUGCGCUGCAGCGCUGCAUCGAGGGCGGCGUCAAUCAUAUGUGGACGCUGUCCUGUCUGCAGCUGCAUCCGCAUCCGCUCAUUGUCGUUGAUGAUGACGCCACGCUCGAGCUGCAGGUCAAGACGGUCAAGUACUUCCGCAGCAUUGAGGCGGUGGCUAAUGAGUGCGGGUUUGGUCAGCGGCUUAGCUCCGAGCUGCGUACCGGUGUCAAGCGUGCGGCUAUUGUCGAGGAGCUGUCUAGUCCGAAGACGAGUCCGGCAGGUGGCCCUGUUGGUGGUAUUGGAGCUAAAGCUGAUGCGUUCUUGUUGCCGCCGGUGGUCAUGCCGAAGAGGCCGGUCACGCCGGAGUUGGUCCCGGAUAACAUGGCGAGCCGACUGCCGGUGAAGGCGCCCGAAGUGGAGAGAACGAUCCCGGAGGAACUGCCGAUUCAGCGGAUGGGUGCGCGGGUUGCGCCUCUGGCGGGCUGAGAAGCAUAGACUCGUGGAGGAGAGUAGGACUUGUGGUGAUGACGGCUAAGAUUGGGCGAAAAUUGUGCAGAGAGACGUCCGCAAAGGGCGACCUCGGGAGGAGGAUUAUGGCAUCUACAAAGAUAUGAUCAGCACUCGUUGUGAGAAAAGGACUUUUCCUUUUAUAACAUACUAUGAAGCUUUCGCUUGGACAGACUUGAGCAGAGCUCUCUGGUCCUCCUGUUAUAUUAGCUUAGAUUAAGUGAGCACCAUCGUUGAUACCCCGUCCAGUUUGGCUCAGCUGGCAUGUAUCACGU